AUGCGCCACACCAGCCCACCAAAUGCAGUAUCGAUAAACUUUGGUGACAAACGCCCCUCCAAAACCGAAAAAAAGUUACAGCGUUCAGACAGCACCAAGCUCUACCUUCACGUCAAUACUCCUAUCACACCGCCAUUUCCUACAUUAUACCCUCACAAUCAUAUUUUCGAAAUGGCAAGCUUUAAUCCUGUAAACAUCUUUGGUGACGAGGUCACAGAGGAGAAGGGCGAGAAUGCGCGUCUUUCUGCCUUUGUUGGGGCCAUCGCUGUUGGCGAUCUCGUCAAGUCGACAUUAGGACCUAAAGGAAUGGAUAAAAUCUUGCAGUCGGCAUCUACUGGCGAAAUCACAGUUACAAACGAUGGCGCUACUAUCCUAAAGAGCAUCGCCCUCGACAACGCCGCUGCUAAAGUUCUUGUCAACAUCAGCAAGGUCCAGGACGAUGAAGUUGGUGAUGGAACAACAUCCGUCUGCGUUCUAUCUGCUGAACUUCUACGUGAAGCCGAGAAGCUUAUCGACCAGAAGAUUCACCCGCAAACAAUAAUAUCGGGAUUCAGAACAGCCAAGGAGGCAGCUUUGAGGGCAUUGCAAAAGGCCGCUGUGGACCAUGGAUCUGAUGCAGCAGCCUUUAGAGAAGAUCUAUUGAACAUAGCUAGGACAACUUUGAGCUCGAAAGUUUUGAGCCAGGACAAAGAGCAUUUUGCAAAGAUUGCUGUUGAUGCCGUCCUGAGGUUGAAGGGCAGCACAAAUCUUACCAACAUUCAAAUCAUUAAGAAGGCCGGUGGCAAGUUGAUCGACUCUUACCUGGAUGAAGGUUUUAUUUUGGACAAGAAGAUCGGAGUUAACCAGCCCAAGAGGUUGGAAAAGGCUAAGAUUUUGGUUGCGAAUACGGCUAUGGAUACCGACAAGAUCAAGAUUUUCGGUGCCCGUGUUAAGGUCGACUCGACAGGCAAGCUCGCCGAGCUUGAGAGGGCAGAGAAGGAAAAAAUGAAGCAGAAGGUCGAGAAGAUCAAGGCUCACGGGAUCAAUUGCUUUAUCAACAGACAGCUUAUCUACAACUGGCCCGAGCAGCUAUUUGCCGAUGCUGGUAUUGUGUCGAUAGAGCAUGCUGAUUUCGAUGGUAUUGAACGCUUGGCUUUGGUAACUGGGGGUGAAAUUGCAUCAACUUUUGAUCACCCAGAGAGCGUGAAGUUGGGACACUGUGAUCUCAUUGAGGAGGUUGUAAUAGGAGAGGAUACCCUCAUCAAGUUCUCUGGGGUUGCUGCUGGUGAGGCUUGCACUAUCGUUUUGCGCGGAGCUACGGAGCAUCUUCUGGAGGAAGCCGACCGAUCUUUGCAUGAUGCCUUAUCGGUUCUCUCGCAAACCGUUGUUGAGACAAGAACUGUUCUUGGUGGUGGUUGCUCCGAGAUGUUGAUGUCCAAGGCGGUCGACACUGAGGCUCAGAAUGCCGAUGGAAAGCACGCUUUGGCUAUUGAAGCUUUCGCAAAGGCCCUACGACAACUCCCAACCAUUCUUGCAGAUAAUGCAGGAUUCGACUCUAGCGAACUUGUAGCUAAAUUGAGGUCUGCAAUUUACAGCGGCCAUUCAAAUUCAGGGUUGGAUCUGAUGACACCGGGUGGAAAGAUUGCCGACAUGCGUGAUCUGGGAGUUAUUGAAAGUUAUAAGCUGAAGCGAGCUGUUGUGUCGUCGGCAUCUGAAGCUGCCGAGAUGUUGUUACGGGUGGAUAAUAUCAUCAGGGCGGCACCAAGGAGGAGAGACCGAAUGUAA